CACACACACACACAAGCAACACACAAACAGCGAUGGACUCGCCAUCACUCGACGCUGCUGAGGCUGCUGCCCAGACUGCUGCUGCAAUGGCAUUGGCAACAUCAUCAUCAUCAUCAUUAUCAUCAGCAGCAGCAUCAGCAUCAGCAUCAGCAUUAGCAUCAGCAUCAGCAUCGGACGACGCCGCUACGCAUGCAUUGGCAGUCCAGUCUGCCCAGCACAAGAUCCGAUUCCAGCUCGAGCUCGAGUUUGUGCAGUGCCUCGCGAACGUCCAAUACUUGCACUAUUUGGGACAGCAAGGAUACCUCACACAGACAACCUUCAUCAACUACCUCAAGUAUCUGCUAUAUUGGAAGAAGCCUGAAUAUGCAAGAUUUAUUCGGUUUCCACAUUGCCUGUACUUUCUGGAUUUGUUGCAAGAACCAGUCUUCCGAACAGAGAUUACUAAAAAGCCAUGCGUUGACUUUGUAGCCGAGCAGCAGCUCUGGCACUGGCAAUUUUACGGUCGAAACAGAUCUGCAGCUGCUGCGGCGGCGGUGGCGGCUGCUGCUACUGCUGCAGCAGCAAGCACUGAUGCGAGCAAGCCCAUUACUGCACAAGCCGAAUUGCUCAUGCCAGCACUUCGACCAUUGCAGCAAGAUGCACCAAUCUCUUAACCAGAAAGCCAGUCCAACAAUGUUACCCUCAACCCCCCCCCAAUCCAAUCUAUGCAUCUAUCAACCGCAUACUGACCAUUACGGAACGCAGACUGAUUCGAGUGCAAGGGCGCGACGGCCUCCACCGCAGUGAUGGGACCACUUGCACAAAGCGCAUCAACAAAACCCCUCAAAUGGAUCGUGUUCUUCUACCCCAGAUGCUCUGAUUCAAUGUUCUCAGUACAAUACAACACCAUCCC